AGUGUUUCUAGAAAAAUGUGCCAUCAUACGUUCAGCCGACGGAUCGUGGUCGUGACGUCUGAGGUCGAGACUAAAUUAUGCCAAUGCUUACUGCCAAUCACCUUCAAGAAACACGGACGCAUAUUGAUGACGCAACACUUCGUCCGGGAAAUCAUCAUGGCGACUGCUGUAUCGGUGGAAGAGGAGGCUGAUGAUUAUUCUUUUUUGCCUAUUAUUCACGACAUUAUAAAAUGUAUGGACAAGGACAGUCCAGACGUACACCAGGAGCUGAACAAACUGAAGACGAAGAUUCAGGAGGCUCGUGAGCAGAUUUCAGCUAUGCCAGGAAUCGACAUGAGUCCUGCGCUGCAGGAUAAUAAACUGCGAACUUUGAGAGAACAGGUCCGGACCAAGAACCAGCUCCUGCAGAAAUAUAAGAGCCUGUGCAUGUUUGACAUUCCUAAACCCUCAUGACGUUUCGUUUGUGUGAGGAAGAAACAGUGAAGAGAUUGACAUUUUUUCCCGACGUCAGUGCUUUCGUGGUGGUUUUAUUGGCCCACCUGUAGAUGCGGACCUGGUUCAGUGAUGCAAUGCUUGUUUGUAACAUUUGUUAUACUGCAUUUGUUAAUAUUUGUAUUUUUUCACGUUGGAUAAAACUUUUGACACGCUCUGUUAUGAAAGUGAAUAUUCUCUGAUACUUGUGUUUUUCCAUUAUGCACUUUGUGCUAUAAUAGUUACAUAAAGAAUAAAAUAGUAUUCUUUGCGUUCCUCUUUUAAAAACAAAUGAUUUUACUUACACUAACAAAUUACACCUUAUUUGUUAUGUUUCCUGAGAUACUGGGCAUUUCUCCAAAUCAUGAUAAGUUGAAGUGAAAUAAACCAUUGAUUUUUUUUUGUUUUGUAUGCAUACUUGUUGGGACCCCAAAGAAGAGUAGCUAAUGGGGAUAAAAUAAUAAAAUAUUUUUUUAUAAAAAGA